UGCUGUCUCCGGUCUGGGCAGGGCGCUGAGCUCGGGCGGCGCCGGGUCCCAUGUCAGCUCGGCUGGGGGAGAGCCAUGCCCCGCACCCCCUCGCCAUGGGCUCCUGCCUGAACCAGACAAGCGCUACGGAGAGCAUCACGGGGGCGGCGCUGGUGGGGGUCGUGCUGGUGGCACUCAUCGUGGUGACCAUCUGCGGGAAUGUCAUCGUCUGCCUGGCGGUCACCCUGGACCGCCGGCUGCGCAGCCUCACCAACUGCCUCAUCGUGUCCCUGGCCACCACCGACCUGCUGCUGGGGCUGCUGGUGCUGCCCUUCUCGGCCAUCUACGAGCUCACCAAGGUCUGGCCCUUCGGCACGGUCCUCUGCAACAUCUACACCAGCCUGGACGUCAUGCUGUGCACGGCCUCCAUCCUCAACCUGCUCAUGAUCAGCCUGGACCGCUAUUACGCCGUGACCAAGCCGCUGCGCUACACCCAGCUGAUCACCUCGCGCCGCGUGGCGCUGGCCCUGGUCGUCAUCUGGGCCGUGGCGCUGAUGGUCUCCUUCCUGCCCAUCCACCUGGGCUGGAACAGCAGCCGGCUGAGCACCAACAGCAGCACGGUGUGCCAGCUGCAGGUCAACGCCUUGUACGGCCUGGUGGACUCGCUGCUCACCUUCUACUUCCCACUGACCGUCAUGUGCAUCACCUACUACCGCAUCUUCAAGAUCGCCCGGGAGCAAGCCAAGCGCAUCAACCACGCCAGCGGCUGCACAGCCCCCGGCCCCUCCCUGGUGAAGGAGCAUAAGGCCACGGUGACGCUGGCGGUUGUGCUGGGGGCGUUCAUCGUCUGCUGGUUCCCCUACUUCACCGUGUUCACCUACCGCGGGAUGAUGGACGACGGCGUGGUGGACUGUGUGUCCAAGUCCAUCGUCCUGUGGCUGGGCUACGCCAACUCGGCCCUGAACCCCAUCCUGUACGCGGCCCUCAACCGGGACUUCCGCUCGGCCUACCAGUGCCUGCUGCGCUGCCGGAGGCAGAGGGGCCUCUCCCGCUGCCCGCCCCUGACCUCCGCCUACGUGCCGCGCCGCAGGGGCCGGCGAGCCCUGAGCGUGCAGCAGGAGAAGCCCCUGAGGCUGCAGGUGCGGAACGGCAGGGAGAGCGCGCUCGCUCGAGGAGCCAAGGACAGCUCUGGAGCCUUCCCCUGAGUCUCAGCUGGCCCCCUGCCAUAGGCUUGCAGCCUCCAGUUCCCAAGUCCAGCAAGGGGAAAAGGACAACGUGAGAUUUUUCCGCUGAGAGAAACACAGAGGCACCGGCGGGAGCCACUGGGAGCCUCCUCUCGCCCGGGAGGGAGAGCCCGCGGCCUGGCCCCACGGGACACCCAGAUCCUGGUGCCCACGGAGCUGCCCUGGGUCUUUGAACAGCCGUUUACUCGCGCCUGAGCGGGGCUGGGGCCGCACACGGUGGAGAACGGCCGCCGGCACGGCUCAGUCCUGGGGCCGCGGCCGGCGUGGAGAGGGGGACCGGAGACCGGCUCUCUCGCAGCCUGUGCCCAGCCCCGCAGCCGCCUGGGGCCUGCGUGUGCACAGGGAUGCGUGUGCAUUUCGUGUACCGGGUGCACACAAGUGCACGUGGGAGUCCAUCUGUGUGUACACACACGCACACUGCCCCCCCUCCGUGGGUAAGCCUGGGCACUGAAGGCAGAUGGGAUCUGUCUGUCUGCUGCUUCCUGACCCCACCUUGAAGGCCUGGGCACCUGGCUGGGACCAGGGAGCGGGAACGCCCGGCUCCGGGGCAGGGCCGCAUCGCUGGCUCCCAGCCCUGGGGAAGGGACGGGCUGCAGCCGUGGGCUCCCCCAAGCGCCAGGGACCAAGGGCUGGGGGUCCCAGGGGAGUCUCCACCCGGGUGCUUCGUGUACCACUGGGAGCUGCUUUCCCUGCAGGCUCCCGGUGCUGGAGGGGGCGGGGGGAGCCGGCUGUGCUGCCCGGUGGCAGUGUGGGACCCGCUGCCCCUGUGCCACAUGCUCACCCAGGUCCCCCUGGCUCCCUGCCUGGCGGUCAGACACGACCCACUCUGGCUAGGGAGCCCGGGACAGCUGUGUUCGCAGGAAGCUUCCCACAGGAACAGCCAGGCCACCCUGGGCGCGGCGGGGGGGUCCCAGCAGACAGCAUGCCCAUUCUCGUUCCACCACCAUCGCUGACCCACCCACCCCGUCCCUGGCCAGGCCCUGCCCUGCUCAGGCCUCCCAACCUCCUUACGCACAAGAGCCCUCUGCUACACCCGGGCGCCCAGGCCAGGCCUCAUGGGGGAGAGCGCUGGGUGGGGGCUCCCUUUGGCCCCCUGCUAGACAGAGCCGUCUGGCUGCUCGGGAGAGCGUCCAGGGCCAUGACUGACAGCUGCCGGUUUGCACCGCUGGUCGGGAUACCCGUCACACCUGAGCCAACGUUGCUGAUAAAUAAAUGUUUGGAAAGAAAACAG